AUGUGCAUACCAUUUGUCUAUGCCCUCAUAUUCACAGAGAUUACCCUGGUUUACGCAUCACCAUCUCAGGGUUCAUUCCAAACUGUAUCUAACAACCAUCGGUUCUACGAUGUACAGGCUCAUCGCGGAGGAAGAGGAAAUGUUGUCGAGAGCACUCUACCGAGCUUUGCAUGGGGCCUCAUCGGUGGCGCCACUACACUCGAAUUAGACAAUGGUAUCACUCAGGACGGUGAAGUCGUUGUAUGGCAUGACGAGAAUAUAUUGGCAGAAAAGUGCUCUGACACUGCACCAGUGGUCCCAGAUGAUCCCGCAUAUCCUUAUGUCGGAAAGUUUAUAUCAAAUCUGACGUUGGCUCAGAUAAAGACCCUCGAUUGCGGAUCAAAGCGCCAAACAAAUUAUCCCCACCAGCUUGUAUAUCCUGGGGCACGGAUAUCUACAUUACGGGAAGUCUUCGAUUUCGUGUCCUGCGCAGAUCCGUCGCACCAGAUCCUUUGGAAUAUCGAGUCAAAAAUUAACCCUCAAUACCCAAAUCGAACUGCUGGCGUGGAUGAUUUUGUCCAGAAGCAACAUGAGAUAUUCGUAUCUAGCCCAUACUACCAAUCUAUUACUUAUCAAAGUUUUGACUGGCGAACUUUAGUGGCGAUGAAGGCUUUAGACGAUAAACUUGUGACUUCUGCUCUUAUCGAUGAGGACACUGCUUUUACUUCGCGUGGCUCGACUUCCCCGUGGUUGGCUGGCCUACGCCUUGAAUCAUUUCCCGGACCAUCUUUGUCCGAGCAGAUAGCACAAGCCGCACAUGCUGUACAAGCAGAUAUUUUGUCUCCUACUGGAACAUUCCUCAUACCCUCUUCAUCCCAUGAGGGAUCCUCUCACUUCACAACUCCUAAAAUGAUUAGCGAAGCUCACAGGCUCGACAUGAAAGUUGUACCUUGGACUGUGAAUCACUUGGACCGCGUUGAAGAGCUCGUCAAGGAUGGCGUAGACGGAAUUAUUACAGAUUACCCAAACGUUGUUAGGCGGUGGGCCAAACAACAGGGGCUUCAGGUGGCGCCCAAAUAUCCUACACAACGUGUUUUCUCCUGUUUACGCCAGCACACUCAUUAG